AUGCGCCAUCCUGCAUUCUUCCUGCAGAUGAUGCUGACAUGCAGAACCUCCGUCACAUUUAUUCAACAGCGUAUAGACUCAGCUAAUACCUUCGAAAUAUAUGGUCUGAGGGGCGAAUUAAAGGCCUUACUACGUCAAGCGAUGAAGGUGGCAGAUGACUUGUUCAAAGAACUGGUCGUCAGGUUUUCUUUUUUUGUGGAUCUCACAGAUCUUGUUAAAAUGUCAAAUUUCCAGAAGCAAACCACCAACAAAAUCCGAGAACUAGAUGUCCCGGAAAUAUUCGAUACCCCAAUUUCUGCUCAGACCACUUUCUUAUACCAUGCCGCCCGAGCUUAUGUGUUUCCGGCACAACCCGGUUUACAGCCCCUUGGGCAACCUGAGGGGAUAGUGCAUCGCCGUCGUGAGGAGGACACUAGUGGAUCGGCGAGUACAACGUUCAAUUGCCCGACCAGAGUUUCUGACGGAUCCCCAGUUUAG